UAGAGAAUGAGGAUAUAUAAAAUAGCUUGUUUAGUGAUAUUUUUAUGUUAGCAGAAUUAAUUAAAUUAAAAAUAACAGACAAUGUUGAAAAAGGAAGAAAUAUGGCAAUCCAUUAAACUGUUUUAAAAAUAAAAUAGGAGAGAAUUAGAUUAAACUAGAGAAUCAGAAGAUUAAUCAUCAUUUAUCUCUGAUAAUGAAAAAGAAAAUUUAUUUAAAAAUAAAUAGCAAUCUUGUUAAUGCAAAUAAUAAAUGUUGCAAUUUAAAAAAGAAUUUAUGCUAUAAAUUAGAGAAUUAAAGGCAUAGCAUUAGGUUGAAAUGGAAAAUCUUUAAAAUCAUUUCUAAAAAUUAAUUAUUGAACAAAAACAAUAAUACGAAUAAGAAAUUUAAUAGUUAAAGGAAGAUUUAGAAUUUUAUAUGAGUGAACAAAAUGAUAAAGAAUUAUUGCAAUUAAUAGAAAAUGAAUAGUAAAAAGAUAAGGAAAUAUUUUAGUAAUAAUUAGAAUUUUAAAUUACAGAGAAAUUAAAAUUAGAAUAAAAAUUAAUGUAAAAUAUUUAUUUAUCUUAGUUAAUGUUAAAGAGAAUUAAAAUAAUAUAAAGAAUAAGCAUCAUAAAUAUAGUCUAGUUAAUAUUCUCAGCAAAAUCAAUAAUAAUUACAGUAAAGUGUGCAUAAAAAUUGUGCCCCUCAAUUGUUUAGAGAUACUAAUAGGAAGGUGAAAUUAUAAACUGAAGGAAUUGAUAGAUCAAUAGUAAACGAUGAUAAUAGCAAUAGGUUUGGAAUAUGUAAUUCAAUAAAAAACUUUAAUGCAACUAUCAAGCAUAUGGAAAAGUCUCAAUAAUCUUAAUAUUGA